AUGUGCUCCAGAAGGUGGGAGUGGUCUCUGACUCUGGAAAUUCUACUGCUGCCUCAUUUGUUCCUGGCGACCAGCAUACAAGGCCCUACAAAAUAUGCAAUCCCCGGCGGCAACGUGAGUCUACAAAUCUCCAAUCUGCCUAAGAACCACAGAUCACUCAUCUGGUUUUAUACUGCUGACCAGAAGAUUGUAGAGUGGGAAUCUGGUGAUCCUAAGUACUUCGAUACUAAAUUUAAGGACAGGGCCAUGCUUGAUCUUAAUAGUGGUACACUGCACAUCUGCAAGGUCCAGAAGGAAGACAGCAGUACUUACCUCCUGAGGGUGCAGAAGGACACUGAAGAUGAGGACGAAUGGAAGAUUCCACUGGUGGUGCUUGACCCGGUACCGAAGCCUGUCAUAAAAGUCAAUAAGACAGAGAAAGUGAACAGCUGCCACCUGCUCCUAUCCUGUGUGAUCCAGGACCAACCUGUAAACUACACUUGGUAUUGGGAAUCGGGGUCCUUUCCAAAACAGCUACAGAACAGUGUGCUUGAAGAGGUCCACACGCCACAAAACUACUCAAAGUCUUAUACCUGCCAAGUCAGCAACCCUGUAAGCAGCCAAAACAGCACAAUCAAGUUCACUUCAUCCUGUGUACUGGCCUUCUCCUCUGGAGUAGCUUGGAUGGCAACUUGGCCGGUGAUCAUGGUAACCACUCUCCUCAAUCUCCUAUGGACCUGA